CUUCUCCAGAGCCACUUAAAGCUUUAGAGUCUCGAUCAAAACACAUCCUCACACCGGUUCAUGAUGUACAGUGGCAUGCAAAAGUCUGGGCACCCUUACUGAAAAUGUCUGUUACUGUGAAUAGUUAAAUGAGCAGAAGAUGAACUGAUCACCAAAAGGCAUAAAGUGUCUGGUCUGGGAUUCGGGUUGAUGAGCGGCGCGUUCUCGGUGGUGAACAUCCUGUCUGACGCUGUGGGUCCGGGUACUGUGGGUAUCCAUGGAGAUUCACAGCAUUACUUCAUUUCCUCGGCCUUUAUGACUCUCGCCAUCAUCCUGCUGCACAUGUUCUGGGGCAUCGUCUUCUUCGAGUCGUGUGAGCGUCGGAGGUGGUGGUCACUUGCAGCCGUAGUGUGCAGCCACCUGUUCGUGUCAUGCUUGACGUUUGUGAACCCGCAGUACGAAGGCAGUCUGAUCCCCACCUACAUGCUCCUGUGCGUGAUGGCCGGCUGGGCGUUCUCCUGCGCUGGUGGUUCUCUGAGGAACCUCAGUCUUUGUCUCACCUGCAAGGACAAAGACUUCCUCUUGGUCAAUCACAGGCCCAGAUAACGGAGUGUGUGUGUGUGUGUGUGUGUGUGUGUGUAAAGACUCGAGCUCACUGAAUUCAUGGAUCUUCAAAUCCUAGACUCUUAGAUCCAUGCUGUGGGACGGAGAGGAGUUUCUUUUGUGUAUUUGGCACUUUCCUUUUCUGUCUCUGUACCUCAACUCUGUGUGAGAAUUGUAAAACAGCUUGUUACUUUGUUUAAAAAAACUUUACAGUGUUGGGUUUGUGGGCAUUGGGUCUGUUCUUUAUGUAUUUUAACAAAUCCAAGAUGUCCCCAGCCAGACUUGAUGAUAAACUGGUUCUGAAGACGUGUCUCCAUCAGCAAGUCACUGAUUGGCUAAUACAAAAAAACUACAGCAGCCUGGAGAGGACCUCAUGCUCAAUCAGUCUGCUGUUCCCAACAGUUUGGUUUAUUUUUUUGCUUGUUGAAGGAAACCGCAUUUUGGUCAAAAACAUUAAAAUUGUG